AUGGCUUCCAAACUUAGUCCCUGGCGCGUCUGCCGGAGCCUCGCCAUCCGAACACGGCCUGCAGCACAAUGCACAGAGCGACGCAUCGCAUUGCCCAUCGCGAGACGAGGCCUGGCAGAUGAUGCCACUACCACAUCCAACACAAACGACUCCAUACCCCCGCCGGAGCUGCCCAAACGAACAGAGCUCUUCGCCGACAACUGGCUCAAUGCGGAAGCCCUCGCCAAAUUGGAGGAGGCCUCGGCACGGGAGGGUCUCUUCGACGAGGAGGCAGGACACAAGUUCGGCAUGCCUGUCCCGCCCGGCAAGCACGACAAGCUGCAGGACAGAUAUCCGGCGCUCAUUCACCAGGUCACCAGAUUACUCAUGCGCGAUGGCAAGCUCAGCCAAGCCGAGAGGCAUCUGGCCCUGACACUCAACUUUCUCCGAAUCUCCCCGGCACCCAAGGUCAACCCUCAGAAGCCUUUACUUCCCGGUGCACCCCCGCCAGAGCAACUCCCUCUCAACCCAGUCCUAUAUCUCACCCUCGCCAUCGACAGUGUGGCACCCCUGAUGCGAAUCAAGAACAUGAAGGGCAUGGCCGGUGGUGGUAUGGCUCUCGAAAUCCCAGAACCUCUCUCCGUGCGGCAACGGCGGCGAACAGCCAUGCUGUGGAUUCUAGACGUUGUGAACAAGAAGAAGUCGAGAGGCAGUGGCAGGACGCAAUUCGCCUCUCGACUGGCUGAGGAGCUCAUUGCCGUGGUGGAGGGCAAGUCUUCGGUAUGGGACAAACGACAGAUCGUGCACAAGAUGGCCACAGCAUCGCGAGCCAACCUGAAUCAUCCUGCUAUGAUUGCAAAGCGACGCAAGUGA